AUGCGGGGGUGGCCGGGGAGGGAGGCGGUGGUGGCUUCGCGGGCCGGGGAGGGAGGCGGCGGUGGCUACGCGGGGGGAGGAAGGCGGUGGUCGCACCAGCAAGGGAGGGAGGCGGCGGUGGCCGAGCCGGCCAAGGAGGGAGGCAAUGGUGGCGGCGUGAUGCAGAUUCGCCAGAUCUGGCGCACCACCCCGCUCGUCCUGCGCGAGGCCGAUGCCCACCUCCCUGAGGCCACACGCGUCGCCACCAUCGCCGGGGCCCUCGCCGGCCACCCAGGGCCCUUUCACACCGUCAGCCUCUUAGGCUGCAGGUCCGCCUCCCUGGAUCUCGAGCUCCCCGAGUGGCCGCGCCUCCUCGCCACCAAGUUCACCAAGAACCUCUCCUUCCUGAACAACCAAACCCAGCCCCGGACCACCUUGUCGUCCCUCCCUGCCGACAUACUCCGUUGCGGCUCGCUCCAGUCCCUCUUCCUGGCCUACUGGAAGAUCCCCGACGACCUUCCGCUCGCCGCCGACGCCUUUCCCAAUCUCCGGAGGCUCGGCUUGGUAAGGAUCGACAUGAGCGACCAGUGCAUCCACCGCUUGCUCGCUGCUAGCCCCGUUCUGGAGAACCUUGGGCUCGUGCUCAAGGGGAAGCCCGAGCGUGUCCAUGUCUGCAGCCAAAGCCUCCGGUGCUUGCUCCUUGGGUUGUCCAAGGUGGAGGAGUUCACCGUGGUGGACGCCCCGCUCUUGGAGCGCAUCAUCUUCUUCAGGCCGCCUUAUGGUGGAACCGAUUGCGUGAGAUUCAAGAUUGCUUCGGCACCCAAGCUGCGGGUGAUCGGCUACCUGCAGACAAGAAUUCACAAGCUGCAGAUCAGUGACAACAUCAUCAAUCCUGACACAAACACGAGCCCAGGCACCAUGGUCCCUAGUGUUGAGAUAUUGGCCGUGAAGGUGAACUUUGGUGUAUUCUGGGAGGUGAAGAUGUUGGCCAGCUUUCUAAGAUGCUUCCCCAAUGUCAGCACGCUGCACAUCGAGUCUGUACCGCAUGAUCCAUCAGUAGCCACUCAUGAACCCACUGAAGAGCACUAUGCUAGGUUCUGGCAGGAGGCCAGUCCAGUCGAAAGCUUGAGGUUACAUGUCAGGAGCUUGUUCAUCCACAAAUUUCGAGGGGAUCAAAACGAGUUUGAAUUCCUCAAGUAUGUGGCCAUGAAUGCGCGGGAGUUGCGAGCUUUGCUGGUCAUGUCGCCUGAAGAAAAUUUUGCUUCGGCACUGGCAAACAAGGUGAAUGAGAUGGCAAACAAAUUGGAUCGUCCACGGUUUCAGCCAUGGAUCGCUCGAGGAUUCCUGGAGGCACCUCGAGUACGGAAUGCUUAGAUCUAUGCUAAAGUACCCUUUCUUAGUGUCGAUGACCCAUUUCGCUGGUGAAACCAUGGCUGGGUAUGUGUCUUCAUGAUCCCAACUUUGUUGGGAAUCAUUGACUGCAAUCUACUUCAAGAUCAGGAUGUUUAGUUUAUAAGGUGUGUGUUCUCCUAAUAUAUGGUAGGUUUCAACAUACCAUGAGUAUAUUGUGAAUAAGUCCUUUGAUUUAUCAGGGGCCGAGAUUUUUAACUAUACAAG